ACUCCGGACAACAGGUGGCGAUAUAGUGCGGUAUUGGGUUGCCGUGCACGCACUGUAAAAUAGUAGAGUUAGCAGUUUUUACUUCCGGGGUCUCGGACUGGCACAUUUCACAAGGAUUAAAAUAAAAUAAAAAGCUUUCCAUUUAUUUACCUUGCUAAUAAAAUACAAGCAACAGUGUAUUUACAAUAUGUCAAAAAUGCAAUUGCUCAAUAUGUUUCUGCGCGAGAGAUUGACAGCGGCUGCUGUUGAGAUAUUUGGAGUAGUUGAAAAGACGAUAGUGGAGUAUCAAGAAGAAAUCACCCGUUCGAAGGAAGAGAACGAACGUUUACAGAAAAUGUUGGAUAUGGUCAUUAAACCUCAUGUCAAGUUACAUAGAGCAGACCCUAGGCAGCUCCAUGACUCUGAAGAAGAGGUUCCCCUUGAGCAGGAGUGGAGGAGGGAAAGUUCAGAGCUCACACAAAGUACAGAGGAACAGGACCUCAGGACCGAUCUGGGAGAAGAGCAAAUGCAAGGGCCUGAGACUCAUGGUCAUAACAUAGAGUUCGGGUUCACUCCUCCUUGUGUGAAAGGUGAUUUUGUCCAGGACCCUUGGCCCUCGCACCUUUUCCAAACCCAAAUUGUGGAAGACAAUGAGACGAAUAAUCUAUCAAGCACCCUAGUGGAACACAUUAAAACAGAACCUGAUGGAGAGGACUAUGGAGUACUAACGAGUGACCCACAGCUCAUGUUUGCAGUAAAUGCACACUGUUCUGCAGCUCCGAGUGAAAACAUGCAUGGAACAGAGAUUGGAGGCCCUCUGCAACGGAAAACAAAGACAGGAAGACCAUUCAGACAUAUAGGAACGCUGUCUGAACUUAAGAAGAGACGCGCUUUGUAUGAGCGAUUUCGUUGCCAUGUCUGUGGAAAAGGGUUCCCAGCAAGGAAUGGUCUGGGAGACCACAUGACAACUCAUACAGGGGAGAGACCACACAGCUGUCACCUCUGUGGGAAAGGUUUCAAAGUGAAGAGUCAUCUGAAAGAGCAUAUCAGGGUUCACACAGGAGAGAAACCCUUUGUCUGCCCAGUCUGUGGGAAAGCGUUCAGGCAGGACGCUCAUAUGAAAGGACAUUUGAGGGGGACUCACAAGGAGAAACCAUACAGAUGCCAUGAUUGUGGCGAAAGCUUCAGUCAGAUGGGAGAGAUGCAAGUGCAUAGGACAGUGUGCUGUGGUCCAAUUGUCCUGGGCCCAAAUUUGAUGUAACUUUCACUCCCUUGAUGCCUUCGGUGACCAGGACGUUUUAGACUUGCAGCCAUGAUAAGGACCAUUCAAAUGUGUUAUUGAACAAACAAAGGAAGAAGGAUCUGUCCACAAAAAGGUUUGAGAGAGCAUCUCCUAUAUUUGUCAAAAUUCAUAAAUGGGAGGGAGUUUCCAGAAAAAAAUGUAGCCUAUGUGGUUGUCUGUAUGUGGUGGUUGGCAAGUUUGUGUCCCAUGAGAAAUAGUUGUCAAUGUAAGUAGUUCUCGGGUACCUCAUAUUGUAUAAAUAUACCCCCAAAAAUAUUUGUGGAGCACUUUGAGUCCCUGAUUGAGAGGUAUGUGACCCAUUUUGUGGGCUGUGUCUAAUAUCAAUAAUAUCCUGUAUAUCUUGGAUAUCAUUUCUCCCCUCCUGUUAGCUUUCUAUGUGUUUUUGUGAGAGUGGAAGACAUUCUCAAUAUUGGAGAAUCUCUCAUAAGAUGGGUAAAAGUAAUGUACAACAAUCCUUUAUGUACAAUUAAUUAAUAAAUGGUUACUUCUGAGAACUUUGAGUUGUCAAGAGGUGUAAAACAAGGCUGCCCUCUAUCACCAUAACUAUUUAUCUGGCCAUUGAACUGUUAGCUUUAAAAGAUAACAUUAAGGGGCUAAAAAUGAAGGAAAUGGAGAUGAGUAUCAAUGGGCCAAUGAUUAAAGUUAUCUUGAGUCCUCAAUCUUCAACCUUGAAGGGCCUUGUUGAGAACCUGGAUAACUUCUCCAAUUUCUCUGGACUAAAACGUGUUAUAUUAUGGAUUGGGUCUCUAAAAGAAACUUUAAAUUGUCAUGUGGUCUCCCAAUUAAAUGGGCAGUUGGUGAAGUUGA